AUGUUAGUGCAACUAAGAGCCACAGCAUUGUAUGCUAUCCUGGACCAGAUAUCACGGAACUCGACUGCCGCUGGCGUUCUAGUGGGUUCUGAAAGUGAAGAUGGAUUGCUUGUUGCAGAUGUCUUUGAAUUGAAAUGGCUGGGUCUGACCAUAGACUACGAUAACUUAAAUAAACGACUCAGGUUACUACUGGCUGUAUCUCCUACUGCUUCGUUGGUGGGGCUUUACCUGAUAAAUGGAAAACCUCCACAAGCUGCAAUUGAUGAUUUCAGGCAGAAUGGGGACAGACUACCGCCUAUUUAUGUCUUGUUCCAAGAAAAGGACGUCCAGUGUUUUGCAUCAUCAAACCAUACACCUGUUCCCUUUACCAUCCUAGCAGAAAGUACAGAAACCAUUGCUACUGGUACACUACAUUCCCAUGCUAAUUAUACCCAAGACGAACCAGAAUUGACUCAGGUAUCUGAAGAAGCGGUGGUAUACUCGUUGGAGCAACUUGAACACAGAGUGAGGCAAUUGCUAGCUACCGAUAACCUAUCACCAGAUGCAGAAAGGGACUUGGUGUACUUAGCUAAUAAGCUUUCAUCUGCUCCAGAAAGUAAAGGAGGAGAUCUAGAAUUGGUUUCCUCACGAUUGGCAGUUCUCACCAACCUGUUAGCUGUGGCCAGAGCAGCAAACGUGCACUUUGCACCAAGAGCUGGAAGGUAG